UGACUGUUUGGUAUUACAGGGCUGGCGAAGUUGGGCUUGCCUCUGUUUCAACGUCCCGCGCUCGCUAGCUUCGACGCUAUCCAACGGCUAUCGUCGGAUCGCUUCCAACGGUCGCCCGUUUUGGAAGAGUUAGCUCCGUCUAAUUUCAUGCUCUUAGAUUGUCUAGCACUGUGAUGUCAUUGCAGGAGACAGAUGCGUGCCAUUCAUGUCUUGGUUUAUCCAUGCACUACGCGCGUACCGCUAUCCGCUAUCGGCUGCACACCGAGUGCUGGGCUGUGGCCGGGUUCGGCGCCCCUAUUGCUUCUGUAGCCCUGCCGGAUGAUUUGAGCUGAGAGCCUUGAUCUUCAUCGUGCAGUAUAAUGUAUAACAUGUCCUGGCACACUGAGGUCGCAGCGAUGUUAGACAGUUGGGAGCCCAACCCCUCUCCCAGGUCCUACAAAAGGCGUCGGCAAACAACAGCUAUUGGAUUUGAAGUCGACAUACACAACUUGCCAUUAUAACAAUGAAUCAUACAGAUUCAAUAGUCUUCGCGAGCGCUGCUAUGCUAUCCGUGACGGCAAUCGUCUUUGCCAUGCGCCUUCUCAUACGGUGGCGUGUGAGCGGUCCUUUUGGCUGGGACGAUGUGUCUUGCGGAGUUGCAACGGUUGUCGGUAUUGCACAGAGUUCCAUCACCAUCUUCAUGGCUCUGCGCGGGCUUGGCCGACCGCACCAUUUAUCUACAGCGGAACAGAACUUGGCUUUGCAGGCCAACUAUACAGCCAAUAUCUUAUACAUAUCUAGCAUGUGCUGCGCGAGAUGCUCUGUCAUGCUCCUCCUCUUUCGCGUCUGUCGCCAAACUAGGCACGCAUUUAUUUGCUGGGGCCUGAUGGCGACCACAGCGCUAUGGGCCACUGCAUCGAUAGCUGCUAUUAUCUUUCAGUGUAAUUUACCUGAACCAUGGAAUGUUCUCGAUAGCCAAGGGUGUACCAACAUAGCCAUCCGAUGGAUCAUUGUAGAGACUGUCGGGCUCUCUAUAGAUCUCCUUGCCUGUAUUUUUGCUCUUAUUAUGGUUUGGAGUCUAGAGCUACGACGCUGCGCUAAGACAGCUGUGGUUACUGCCUUUUUGAUUCGUCUUCUUGUCGUGGUGCCAGUUGUACUUCGGCUAUACUAUAUCCAGUCUGCCCCCUACGACAAGCUGACGAAUAGUCUGACAAGAAUCGCGAUUGCUACACAAGUCGCCUUGCACUUCUCGAUUGCAGGCACAACAUUCCCUUUUAUCCGCCAAGUCAUCAGCUGCUUCGAUGCCGAGACCCCUAACGCUAGUCUUCAGCAAAUACAUUCUGAGGAUUCAACCAGAAGUACUAUUGAACUAGCUUCCUUGCCACCUUGUUUCAUUAGUUUUAAUACGGGAGCACGGUACUUUUAG